GGUAUCAGAAUGAUGGAAAUCAGAGUAAAAAAAAGGGGGGGAGAGAGAGAAUUAAUGGAGUGGAUGAUGAAUGGCGUACGAGGACAAUGACAUCAAGGAGUACUAGAAGAAACUUUAGGCAAGGAAAGAGACUGAAGGGAGAGAAAGGAAAGCAGAGAGCGGAUCCUCUCAAUGCGUCGGUUCUAAAUAGAGGUGGUCACGUGACGGUGGUAAAAAACCAAGGAGAAUACCGUAUACCGAAGGACCAAUCCUGAAUAACAACAAUUUUCAGAUCAGCGGGCUGACACGAUGUAUCUGUACGAUUGCCGUAUAAAAUGCGUCAUAAUCUGUUUUCGUCCUGUCAGGUUCCCAAACCAGGUUUCCUCCGUCUAACCCUCGCUAUGGGCCAAACCGUACUCUCCAUAACCAAUAACCAAUGGCCAUUAAC